CUGCUACUGACUAUUGGUGUAUCAGAAAUACUGUACUUCUUCAACGAUAGAGAUAUAACGUUUAAGAAUUAAUUCAGAAUUUUCAUAAAAUUAAAGUAAUUAAAAAUGUUCGGGCAAAUUACUCGUCAAAGUGUGAGACGAUUCACCACCACCGCAGCUCGAAGAUCAAGUCCAGAUGAUGGAAUUCCUGGAAAAAAUCUUCCAUUCAGCAUUGAGAACAAAACUGCUUUGACAAUAAAAUUCAUGAUAUUCUUCAGUAGUGGUUUUGCCAUUCCAUUCUUUGCAGUCAGACAUCAAAUGCUUAAGGCUUAAGUGAUAUAAUUAUUAUUACAUCGUACUGCAAAAAAAAAAGAAAUAGUUUACAUCUACUAUGAUCUCGUUAGAUCAUUUUUCUGUAUAUUAUAUUACUUUGUAAGAAUAAACUCAUUAAUAAAUUAAAUGUUAAAAACAGUUAUAGAAAAUUAA